GUGACGUAAGAAUUGGGUGUUUUAGAAUACAUAGACACUGGCGGCGAGUUCAUCCAAACCCGAACCAAUCUUCCAUUUUCUUUCCUUUGUCUUUUUGUCCACCAGCUUCAAUUUGCCUGUGUGUCAAACCCUACCCUAAUCCCCUGUUCUCACCUCCACAUUGCUUCCCCUGCGCCUCUGCCUUUUGAUACUCUCUAGUCGAAUUCGAACAUCCCGGUUUGUUGGGUCAGAUUACCUUCGGGGGUUCAUCGGUUUUCUUAAAUUCUCAGUGGUUUGUGGGUUGAGGAACUUCGGUGCUGGCCGCCAUGGAAGGAUCAGUGGGAGCUGAGUUUCAGGAUUGGGAAGUGCUGCUCCAUGAUUCGAACCCCGAAACUUCCCCAACUCCGGCCGAGUUUACCCAUUUUGGGGGAUUUGAAGGUCAGUCCGAUUCCAAUUCCCUAAUCAAAUCCGACUAUUUCUCUCUUGAUAAUCAGGGACGGCGAGGGAAAACUGUACCUGAGUGUGAUCUUAUCGAAGAGGAGGGUUCAGUCGAAUCGGAUAAUCCUAGUUGGAUUGAUCCGAGUUCGGAAAAUAGAUAUGAUCGGGUAAAUUCGGGGAAAAUAUGGUCUGAUUCUGGUAGUGAUAAGUCCGAUGAGCAUAAAUUUAACGAACCCAAUUCGAAAACUGAGUCCAGAAUCGCAGAAUUUCUGCAAGGUGAUGACGAAUUGAGUGGUAGGAUUCAGAAGUUGGAAAGUUUAGAGUCCCAUGAGAGCAAAAUCAAUGGCUCUGAUCCCAAUAUUGAAUUAGCUUUUGAAGAAAUUGAUGAAAUUCAAUCUCAAAGUAAGGAUGGGAGCAAUUUGUGGUCUGAGUCUAGUGGGGAUAUUGAUCAAAGUGGCCUAAAAGUAGUGAAGUUGGAAAAAAGGAAAGAGCAGUUGGAGGAGGACAAGAAUCUCCAAGUUGAAGAAACAAAAGUCAAUGCAGAAUCUGGCAGUAAGGUUGGAGAUAAGAGGAAAGUAAUUUGGUGGAAGGUUCCAUUUGAGGUCUUGAAGUACUGCUUGUUCAAGGCAAGCCCUGUCUGGUCAUACUCUGUAGUGGCUGCUUUGAUGGGUUUCAUUAUUCUAGGAAGGAAGCUCUACAAAUUGAAGAGGAAGAGCCAGAGCUUACAUUUGAAGGUUAUCUUGGAUGAGAAGAAGGGAUCUCCAUUAAUGAGUCAAGCUGCUCGUCUUAACGAAGCCUUUUCAGUUGUGAAACGUGUUCCAAUUGUUCGACCCGCUCUCCCUGCCGCCGGGAUAAACCCAUGGCCUGCAAUGAGCUUGAGUUGAGGAUUCUUCCCACAACUGAUGCUGACAAAGUUAGAGCAGUAGUGUUUAUUCUCUUUCUAUGUAUAUACAUAAAGGAUGUAGUAUUAUUCUACAGGUUCCAACCGAAUUUCUGUAGCAAUGCAGGAUACUUCUGCAUCAGCUGUGUGUCAAGUAAAUUCAUAUGUCUUUUCUUGAUAAAAAAAAAAAAAAAAAAAAAAAAAAAAAUCCCACGCCCACUCUUCUUUUGAGUGAGGGUUUGUUUUGUUUCGUUUUUCGACUCUGUAUUUUUCAUGAUAUUACUAUCCAUGAAAAUUUCAAACUCAUCGGACAUAUUUUCUAGUA